CAAUAUAACCCUAACCCUAGAUUUUUCCCUUGCCUCAUCAGAUCCUCCUCUCUCUCUUUCUCUCUCUCUCUCUCUCUCUCUCUCUCCCCGACGCGGCGCUCAAAUCCCUCGCGCUCUCUCUCCCUCUCUACAAUAACACGCAUGUUCUGUUAGCUGUUUCGAGGAGAACUAGAACUAAAAAAGGUGAUGGCUACAAAAGUCGAGCCAUCAUCUUCCCUUGAACCUUCCCAUGCGCAGUCUGCUGUUUCAGCGUCUACACCAUCUAGUGUUCAAGCAAGCAAUCCCAAGGUUUCAAUUUUUGGGACGAAAUCUGGAUUUGUAAUACCGAAAAAUAAAUUGUCUGGAUCGUUGGUUCCCAUAUUCCGAGGUGGUGGAAAAAAAGAAGCUGACAGUGCUCUUAAGGAAGAAAAUGCUAAACAAGUUCAGAGAAAAACAAAAUGGGGUACUGAUCUUACACAAGAUGCUGCUGUCAAGAAGGGAAGAGCUUUAGCCUACCAGACUCGAGUGGAGCAAAUAACUCGGCUGCUAAAAUCUGGAGCUCAGGAGAUUGGAGAUGAUGAAGGUUCUCUUUCACCAACUCAAGCUUCAAACUCGGAUUCUAAGAAGAACCAUGUUAACGAAGAGUCCCAAAAGCUUGAGCUAUUGGAACUGGAAAGGCGUGAAAUUAUUGGUGAAAUACUAUGUUUAAAUCCUAACUACAAAGCUCCAGCAGAUUACAAGCCGUUGCUUAAAGAGACCAAAGUUCCUAUUCCUGUUAAAGCAUAUCAAGGUUACAACUUAAUUGGACUACUACUGGGCCCCGAAAGCAAUACCCAAAAGAGGCUAGAAGAAGAAACAGGAGCUAAAAUACGAGUUCAUGGAACAAAGAAAGCCACAGGAGAGAAGCGUGAAAUUACUCAGUCAGACAUAAAUGAAGCUCAGAGUGCCUACGACGAUCUAUAUAUCAAUGUAGCAGCAGAUACAUAUGAGAAAGUUGAUGCUGCUGUUGCUUUGAUUGAACUCCUCCUUACUCCAGUAUCUGUAACUUCAGGAAAUGACUCAACACCAACUUCUGUUACUUCAACUAUGCCUGCUGCUGCUGAGGUUAACAAAGGGAGUAUACAGCCUAUUUUGGCGACUCCUAACUCUGGCUUUCCGCAAUACCAAUCUCACCCUUGGUUCCCAAGUGGCCCAAUGAAUCCAUCACCACCUAUUCCUUCCGGAAUAACUAUUCCAUUUGCACCGAACAGCUCUAUGCAACUACCUCCAUACAGUGGCCGACCUCUCCCUCCAUUUGGCUUAAUUCCCAGAGCUCCAGUGGCGGUUGAUCCGAGAUCUCAGUUUCCCAUUCAAUCUAUACCCCAACAUCCGAACCAAAUUUCUUUAGCACCGAAUGUCACAGUAUCAUCCUCAAGACCACUCGUUUCUAUUAGCCCACAAACCUUGUCGAUCGGUCCGCAAGGACCUCCUCCAUUCAGGCCUCCUGCUCAUCAAACUCCCAUCAUUUCACCUCCUCCUAUGCCGAAUCUACUUUCUAAUUUCAGCAACAGGCCUCCGAUAGUUCCUUCUUCCUUACCUUCUUCCCUUAAUAUCCGUACUAAUAUGUCUGGCCGUCCACUCCCACCUGCAAAUUUUGCAGCAUCGAAUGCAUUUUCUUCCCGGCCUCCAACCAUGCCUGGUCCUCCAGCUCUUCAUCAGAAUGCAUCUGUACCUGGUCCGCCACCUGUUUUACCUCAAUCAUCGACUCCUUCCCAUUUGAUAGGAUCUCUAGCAGCCCGGCCGCCUAUACCUGUCUCAUCUCUUCCUCCGCAGCAGCUGCCUCUUUCUAUUUCUGGAGGUACAUCUAAUUUCCCCCCGUUAAGACCUCCACGUCCAAUCUCCGGAGACUUCACGUUUCAGCCUAUUAGAUCGCAAGGUCCAGGUUCAUCAAACCCUCACAUUGCUCCUCCACAUCGAACUCCUGUUCAACAACUACCUCAUAUUGCUCCUUUUCCUGGUAGCCCAAACAUCGUUCAGCCACCGCCGAGGUUUCCGGCUCUUCCGAACUCUAGUCCUAAUCAGCCUAGGGCUCCGACUGCUCAAAUGAAUUCGCCGAACUUUUUUGCCGGACCCGUUUCACCAAAUAUGCCUGGUAGAGGCCCCACUCGGCCCGUUCAAUUUAUGCAUCCACAUCAGAAUCAGUUGGCUUCAGCAAAUAGGCCCGCAGGUCUCAUGGCUCCUAACCAACACUCGGGUGGAAACCAGAUUUAUGAUCCUUUCUCACCAACAUCGGCAUCAGCGGCACCGAGAAAGCCUGAAGACCCAGAAUAUGAGGAUCUAAUGUCGUCAGUUGGCGUGAAAUAACUUGUUCUUCGAUUUUUUAGGUUUAUACGAACUGUUAUACCAGAAAUAUUGCUGUAUUUUGUGAGGGUGUCAUGAUUUCCAGCAGUUCGGAAUGUUUUCCUGCAGAAAUAUUCGGUGAAAAAUAGGUGAGAUGGGCAGGCUAUAAAUCAGUAGUUGGCCGCAUGCUGUUUCAUGUAACUCUACAAUUGGUUUUGACUCUUCAUCUCAUAUAUAGUACUGAUGGACUUUCUAAUGUAGGUGAUUAUAACCUAAUUGUCGUCCUAUUACUUUUCUUUUCUAUUCGUGCUUUCGACAUUAAUGAAGCUGAAAAAUCUCUCGUGUGUAUCGGAAACUGUAAACCAGAUGAUUAAUUCUUUGUGCUUCUU